UGUGGGACUGGGCUUGGGCCGCCGCCCUUCACGGGGCACCCGGCUGUGCCAGCCCGCCCGGCCCAGUCAGUGCAGCGAGAGCGGCUCCAGCGACAACCGCUCUGCCCUUCCCGCUCGGAGGGGGACCAGCUCUUCCCUGAAAUCUCUGUGAAGAGAUCAGAGCGGAGGAGGGUGACUUCGAGCCGGCUUCGUGGGCGGCUUGGUGAGGGCGAGCUGAGGGGAGCAUGUGGUGGCCCCCCUGGCUGGCCGCUUGCCUGGCCUGGGCCGCUGGGGCUGGUGCCGAGAGCCCGGCCCCGCUCUGCGCCUCCCGCGGGCUGUGCCCGGCCCCGCCCGGCGCCAACGCCUCGGAGCCGGGAACGGGGCAGUGCCCGCGGGGCGCGACCGACCUGUGCGCCUGGGCCCUGUCCUCUCAGAGCCUCCGAGAUAUCUUUCCAGUUGAUGUGAUCCAGGAAAAUUAUGUCCGUAAUGUGAGAAACUGCAUUUUUUCAGUUGUCUAUCCUACACCUUUCAAAUCUAGAAUUCGUCUUGUAGCUGUUUCAAAGGAGGUUCUUGAAAAUAUUUUGGAUCUUGAUAUAUCUGUUCAAGGAACAUCUGAUUUUCUUCAGUUUGUCAGUGGUGGGAAAGUAAUAUUUGGGUCUGUUCCAUUGGCCCAUAGAUAUGGAGGUCAUCAGUUCGGUAGCUGGGCAGGGCAGCUGGGUGACGGAAGAGCCCACUUGAUCGGAAUAUAUACAAACAGGAAUGGUGAGAGGUGGGAACUACAGUUAAAGGGGUCAGGAAAGACCCCAUACUCCAGGAAUGGUGACGGCAGAGCUGUGCUUCGCUCUUCUGUACGAGAAUUUUUGUGUAGUGAGGCUAUGCACUAUCUUGGAAUUCCUACAAGCAGAGCUGCUAGCUUAAUUGUAAGUGAUGAUGAUGUGUGGAGAGACCAGUUUUAUGAUGGAAAUAUUAGGAAAGAAAGAGGUGCAAUAGUGCUACGUCUUGCCAAAUCAUGGUUUCGAAUAGGAUCCUUAGAAAUCUUAGCUCAUGCUGGGGAACUGGAUUUACAAAGAAGGUUGCUAGACUUUAUCAUCCAGGAACAUUUUCCAUCAAUAGCCAUGGGUGAUUCAAACAGAUAUCUGGAAUUUUUCUCUACAGUCGUAUCAGAGACAGCAGAUCUGAUUGCAUUGUGGAUGUCUGUGGGGUUUGCACAUGGUGUGUGCAAUACAGACAACUUCAGUUUAGUAUCCAUAACAAUAGAUUAUGGUCCAUUUGGAUUUAUGGACUCCUAUGACCCAAAUUUUGUUCCAAAUACAUCUGAUGAUGAAAGAAGGUAUAAAAUAGGAAACCAGGCAAAUGUUGGGCUGUUUAAUCUGAGCAAGCUGUUACAAGCUCUAAAACCUUUAUUGGAUCCCAGGCAAAAGCAGCUAGCUUCCCAGAUUUUGGACGGAUAUGGUGAGCGCUAUUACAGCCGUUUCACAGAACUAUUCAAAACAAAACUGGGUCUUCUUGGGGAGAAUGAGGAUGAUAACUAUCUGAUUGCUUUCCUCCUAAAACUUAUGGAAGAUACAAAGGCUGAUUUUACAAUGACAUUUCGACAGCUCAGCGAAAUUACUCAAGACCAGUUAAAGGAGCUCCAUAUUCCUGAGGAGUUCUGGGCUCUCCAGGAUCUGGGUAAACACAAGUUAUUUUCAGAGUGGGUUUCUAUGUACCUCUUGAGAUUAACUCGCAACGAGGGUGAUUCAGACACCAAAAGAAGAACAAGAAUGACAACUGUUAAUCCUAGAUACAUACUUAGGAAUUGGAUGGCAGAGUCAGCAGUGCAAAAAGCUAAAUUGAAUGAUUUCUCAGAGGUUCAUCUCCUACAGCAGAUUUUACAGCGUCCGUUCCAGAGGCAGCAGGCUGCAGAGAAUGCGGGCUACUCCCUGCGCCCCCCGCCCUGGGCCAGGGAUCUUAAAGUGAGCUGUUCGUCCUGAGAGAAGUUUGGACCAGCAAGAAAAACAACCAGGGUCGGAGCUCAGUCCUUCAAAUGGGAUCAAUGGAUCAAGCCACAGGAACUUCUCUCCCUGAUACUCUGUGUGCUGGUGUCUGCUGCUCUGCUACACAAGAGGCCUUGACCAACUUUGUAAGGUCUAAAGAUUGAAGUAAUGGACCAUGAUGUAUGGUUGCAUCAGCAAAUUCUACUGGCAUUUAUAACUGCCCUUGAUAUUCAGCUGUGCAUUAA